AUGAAAUCAAAUUUGUUAGAAAAAAAAAAAAAAAAAAUACAAGGGUUAAGUGAAAUAAAGGGUGAUGAAUCCAAAGCCACAGAAAGCAGUGAAAAAAAAGUGGGCGCUCUAAAUGAUAAAAAUGACACAGUUACAAGGCUUUUAUUCCCUAAAAACCCAAGAGCAUUCAAAAAUUUAGUUGAGUUUUCCUUCCAAAAUGAGAAAUUUGUCCCCAUUGACAAUAUUGACCAUACCAUAUUUCAUUUGGAUAUUAAAUCCCAUAUAGUACUCAAAGAAAGUGAAGAAGGGAAAAGACAAAUAGAACUAAUAAGAAAUAAGAUUAAAAAUUCAAAUACAUUUACAAUACUAAAAGACAAUGAUUGUAUAUACCACAAACCACAAAAUUGUUUCGAUUAUAUUGAUAGAUAUACCCAAACUGUUCCAAUAUCAUUUAAGGAUGCAUCAACUAAAACGGAACCUCAAAAAAUAAAUGAGAUAUGUGACACUGCUUGCCAAUCGAUAAUUUACGACGCUUAUCUGGAAGAAUUUCAACGGCUAUCUAAUGAAAAAAACAAAGCGGGGAUGGAAUCAUAUAAUGAUAAAAAGGAAAAUGUAGAAAAUGAGAAAAAGAACAAGUUCAAUAGUGAAAUAAGUUUUGAAGCAUGCAGAGGAGAAGAAAUAAAACUUGAUGAAAGUUCAACAAACUAUUCAGAUAAUGAUGAAAUAGAAGGAGCUAUUUUUUAUUCAAGCAGCGAAAGUGAGAAUAAUUCAUUUAUUAGUAAUGAAUAUGAUUAUAACGAUAAUAUAAAAUGUAGUAGUCAGGAUAAAAGUGAUGAAACCUAUGAAACGGAACACGAAGAAAAAGAAGGUGAAUUAACUGAUAAAGACGAAAAUGAAAUAGAUGAAAAUGGUAAUAUUGAAGAAGGAAAAGAUGGUAUAAAUGAUAAUUCAAAGGAUAUGAUAUCUAAAAAUAAUGUACAAAUUGAUAAGGAUGGAGAAUGUGAAAAAAAAACAGAUAACCAAUUUUAUAUAGAUAAUAAAAAAAAAAAAAAUAUAUAUAUAAAAAAAAAAAUAGAAGAACCUUCAAAUGGAAAACAUGAUCUAUAUUUUAUCAAUUAUAAAGAUUUAAAUGAAAAAAUACACAAAGACCUAAAUUUUAUUUAUUGUGAUAAUAAAGUAAAAAAAAGUGAUAAUAAAAUAAUAUACAAAAAAAGGUUUUUAAAAACAUUAAAAAUAAUGGAUAGAAUAUAUAAUAAAAAUAAUGAAGAAGACAUAUAUUUAUGCUAUAAAAAUAAAAAUAAUAAAAAUAUUUUAACAAGAUUAUGGGCAUUUACAUUAAAUUCAUAUCAAUUUACAGUCACUGAUAUAAAAUUUCAUCCGUUUUAUGAAGAUCUAUUUGCUAUAUCAUUUAAAAGUAAUGAUAUAAAAACAAAUAUGGGAAUAUUAUGCUGUUUUACAUUUAAAAAUACAAAAAAUCCUGAACAUAUAAUAAAAACGAAUUUUCAUAUAUAUUCUAUAGAAUGGUCGAACACAAAUAAUUCAAUAAUAAUUAUUGGUUUGUCUAAUGGGAGCAUAUGCAUAUAUGAUUUAAAUAAAAAAAAAAAUGAAAGAUUAAUAUUUGAAAGUAAUUUAAAAAAUAUAUAUAAUAGAGAUAUUAUUUCUCAAAUUUAUUUUCAUAAGCAAAAUAAAACAUUCUAUUCUGUCUCAUAUGAUGGAAAUAUAUAUUAUUGGAAAUAUAAUAGCAAAUUUACAACUGGAGAAAAAUUAUUAACAUUAAAAAAAAAUAUAAACGAUUUUGAUGGUGCAUUAAAUACUACGCACGCACAGUCUAUUACAUGUAUCGACUUUAAUCCGUUUAAAACAAAUAUGUUUUUAAUAGGAACAAAUAAUGGAACUAUUUAUUUAUAUUCUUCUGCAUAUUCUGAUAAUUAUUUAACACUUUAUAAUGAGCAUACCAUGUCCAUUAAUUGUAUUUCUUAUAAUAAAUUUAAGAAAAAUAUUUUUAUUUCAUCAUCUUAUGAUUGGACAAUCCGAAUUUGGGACCAAAAUCAGACCACGUCUUUAAUUGUAUUUGACACAAAAGAGUGUAUAUAUGAUGUCAAAUGGUCCCCCUUUUUAUCAACAUGUUUUUUUGUAAUUAGCUCAAAUAAUUGUGGACAUCUUCAUAUUUAUGAUUUAAGUAUUGAUAUUAAUAAAGCAGUAGCUAGCGAAAUUAUUACAAAAAAAAAAAAAUUAAGAAAAUUAUCUGUUAAUAAUUUUAAUGAAGUUAUAUUAAUAGGAGAAGAGAAUGGAGUUGUAUACACAUAUAAAGUGUCUUAUAACUUUAAUCAAACAUAUAUGGAUUAUUUAAAAGGAAAAAUUAGCUAUUCUUUUCAAAAUGAACUUAUGGACAUAUUUUUAGGGAAAGUGAAAUGA